GCGGCGCAGCGUCAGCCUCCGCUGGGGCUUCUCUAGCCGGCUCGGCGCGUCUCGCUGCUGGGCAGCGGUAGAGCCGCGGGUUCGGCUCCGCACGGACUAGGUUGCUCUAGCUCCCGGGCCGCGGACAGACCGACGGACAACGCCGGAGUCAUUUGUUCCCGUUAAACUGGGUCUCAGUUUCUUAUGGUAAAUUGAUGUUCUAGUUCGUGCCCUCAUGACAUCACAUCAGCUACCAGACCCUUUUGGCACAUAGAUGUAAGGAUAUGUGAAUAUGUUAACAACAAUAGACUAUAAGUUCCCUGAUGGCAUUUAAAGUACAGCAACAUGUCAGUUGUGAUGGCAACUGAGACUGAAAAGACCUUUGCUCUCCUCCAGACAUUUAGUACCCUGUCUGUCGUUUCUAGCCUUGGUUUAGGUUUAUUCUGCUUUGUAGCAGACAGACUUGUUCAGUUUUCUUUCAUUCAGCAAAAUGACUGGCUUAGAGCCCUCUCUGACAGUGCAGUGCAUGGUAUAAUUGGAAUGUGGUCAUGGGCAAUAGUAAUUGGACUCAAGAAGAAGAGUGAUUUUGGAGAAGUUAUUUUGGCUGGAUUUCUAGCCUCUUUUAUUGAUGUGGACCACUUUUUUCUAGCUGGAUCUCUGUCUUUAAAGGCUGCUUUGAAUCUUCCACAUAGGCCUUUUCUCCACUGUUCUACUCUGAUACCUAUUGUGGUUCUGACACUAAAGUUGGUUAUGCACCUUUUCCGGCUCAAAGACUCAUGGUGCUUUCUUCCCUGGAUGUUAUUUAUGUCUUGGACUUCUCACCAUGUUCGGGAUGGAAUUCGUCAUGGCUUAUGGAUUUGCCCUUUUGGAAGAACUUCUCCCCUGCCAUAUUGGCUCUAUGUGACAAUCACAGCAUCUUUACCUCACUUAAGUUCGUUUGUUAUGUAUUUAACAGGGACCAGAGAGAUGAUGUCUAUAAAACAUGGAAUUCAUAUCGAUGUCUAAGGAACUAGGUGGCAACUUUUGGAAAACACUCUUUAAAAGUAAUCAUUGAAUGUACUCAUCAUUGAAGUGAAUUUUUAAAUAUAUGUCACCUCUGCAGCAAUUGUAGUUCUAAUAUUUAGUUAUUUUGGCUCGAGAAUUGUUUUGCGUAGUCAACAAAAUGAUUUUAAUGUGAAGAAUCUCAUUUAUACAGUUCUAGUCAGUCAUCUGUUAUGUAUGUAUAUAUGCAAAUAUUGUUUUAUUUCUUCUCACCCAGCUUUUUUAUAACCUAUUCAGUUUUUCUUGCUUUACCAUCAGCAUUUUGUGUUUUGGUUUUAUUUAUUAUUUAGGUCAUGACUGUUUCCAAAAAGAAUUUUAAGGGGCCAUUUCCAAGCAAUCUUCCAUAUUCGUUGAGUUGAAUUGAAUUGAAGUUUUGGAGAAUUAUACUUUUGAGCAGCCUAUUUCCUUCUGAAAAGAAGCUCAGGGUCUAGGUUGCCCAGGUUCUAGACAUUUAACAUUAUGUUGAGCUGCUUAACUCCUGUGAAUCUUGAAGCACUGAAAUAACUAAAAUGGAAUGCUGUUUGUAUGUAAAAAUGGCUGCUAAUAUUUAUCCUGAAUUUUUAUCUUGCCUGAAAAUACAACUUGCCAGGUGCUAAUUGUUAAUUAAGAAUAGAAUUAGUUUAUCUAAAUAGAGUAUGGAGAGGGGUUUGGUGGUUGGUAUUGGGGAGGUUGGAAUUCAUGAAUGAUAUUAUCUAGUGUUAGAACUAAUUUAUUAUUUCAGGAAAUACAUCUCUGCUACAAUAAAGUAUUAGCUAUAAUAUAAUAGUUAUAAUAAUAUUUUAUCAAAGUGUUGUCUAUCUGGACCUUUUACCGAUGAAUCCCAUGCAUUGGGGUUUUAUCUGUUUUAAAAGAGAUAGUACUUCUGCUAUAAAUGAAUAUGUCUACACUGUUUACAGAAUAAUAGUUAAAUGCAUUCUUCAGUUAUGUCAGUGAAACUUUAACUGACCUUUGAUCUACAAACAUAGCCACUAAUAACAUAAUAUCAAAUAUAGGAUCACAUAUAUGCCGUUAAGAUUUUUCCAGUUGCCAUCAAUUUGUUUAUAUGCUAUGUCAAAAUAAUGUGUAAGUUAAAUGAUUUUUAAAACUUUAAUUGCUUGCUACUUAAAAUGAAAAGUAUAACUUUUCAGAAAAUAGUCUAGCUUAAGGAAGUUUAUUUUUUGCUAUAUUCCUUUAAAUCAAUGUCUGUUAAAAUGGUAAUGUUUAAAGGAGAAAUGAACAACUAUAACUCUUGGAUUUACAUAUAGUUUAAUGCUACCUUCCUGAAGGUCAGUGCAUUCAGGGUCACAUAAUGCACUUUACUGCACACAAAAUCCAUUGUCUUCAGAUGUUAUUUAUAUUUUCUUACGGAUACAUGAACUAUAAUGCCAAUAACGAUGUGUGCCUUAAUCUGUGAGAAAUUAUGAAUGAUUUGUGGAGCCUACUUGAGAAAAGUAGAUUUUUUUUUUUAUAUAACACCGAAUUAAUGUUCAGUAAAUUGUCAUUAAGGUCUACCUAGGCUCUGACUAAUUUAUUUAAGUCCAUCAAUGACAGAGAACACUCUUUAUUCUCUCCUUUUUUCCAAAUAGGAAAAAUAACGUAUUUUCAGAAAUUAAUAAAUCAAAGCAGGAUUAUUCUUUUGUUUACUUUCUUUAUAAUGAAGUUUUAAAAUAAUCCAUACUUUUUGUUUCUGCAAACCAGAUUGGAAUUAAAUCAAAAUACAGGAUGUCAUUAAAGAAUGUUAC